AUGAUUUUGAUUCUACUAAUUAUUUCGGUAAAUUUUUUCAACUUUGCAUUUUCCUCCAAUGCUUUUAUUCUACCGGAGGAAAAAACAAGUUUAUCUGGAUGUGUGGAUUCCGUUUUAGAUCUUGUUAUUCGGAAAAAUGAUUACGUUAUUGUAUUCGACGAAAAUUUAAGCUUGAGACAUGCUUCGUACUCAAAAUCGAACUCCAGCUGGGCCGACUUCGAUUCAGUUCCUCCAUACAUAAGUGCUUUUGUAGUUAAUAUAAAUCAGGACGACUUGGCGGACACGUUUGAGAAACUCCGUGAUGUGGAACACUUUGACACGAGAAUAUUGUUUGUUUUCAUCCAAAAUGCGAUAAAUAGUUCUUUCUUUAAAAUACUGGCAGAUUAUUAUGUAUUUAAAUCGAUAAUAUUGGUUGAGAAUGGUAAAAAUCAGUAUUCAUUGUACACAUACAAUCCUUAUGUGCACGAAAAUCUGCACCAGCCGAAUUUGGAGUAUUUUGAAUUUGGAGUGUGUAAGAAUGGAGAUUUGGAGGUACACCAAAAUUUUACAUUCACCCUGCCGAAACUUUGGAGGAACACUACGGUGAAUAUUCUGUAUAAACACUUUGAACCAUAUGUUUUUGAAGACGGAGUCGGUUUGGAUAUGAUAUCGACCAAAAUAAUAAUGGAAAAACUCAAAUUUAAAGCACGCACCAUAAAAGCUGUGCAUGACGUCGAUAUUUAUUUUGGUUUAAAAAACCGUUCCAUAGAUUUUUGCCAUGGGUGCUGCGCAGAAAAAACACCCUAUUUGUAUUACAGUACUUUUUACUACAUUUACGAUAAGUAUACCAACAUAAUGCCCAAGGCGCCUUUGAAAGCCUUCUACAAGGUGAUGUUCGGAGUUUUUUCGCAUGGCCUGUGGUCAUUGAUCGCCUUUCUAGUUGUUUUCUUCAUGAUUGUUUCGUUUUUUCUAAAUGACGUAACCGUGUUUUUUCCGUUGAUAAUAAUUAUAGAACAAACUACCAAAUUACCGAAACUAACGAGUUCUCGAUAUUUUUUGGCUGUGUACGUACUUUGUAUUUAUACCGUCUCCACAGCUUUUAAGAGCAAAUCGACAGCGAUUUUGGGAGAAAAAUUUUACGUAGAUGAACUGACCUCGCUGGAUAUCCUCGAGAACAACAUGUUAAUUUGUUUCAAUGGCAAUUCAUAUCAAACGUUGUCAAAAAAUGCUACCAAACAAGAGCAAUAUAUGAAUGAUCACUUCCUCUAUUUGAAAACUCAGAAAGAUUGUUUUGACAGAGUGGCCUUCAAGAGGGAUUCAGUUGCGCUUACUUUCGUGAGGACCUUUGAGUAUUUAGAGGCAAAAUACCGUUACCAAGAAGACGGAGAACCUUUGAUAUACAUAAACAAGUCUCACUGGGAAGUGAACUUACCGAUGCGUUUCACCAAAAGCCUGCCCAUCUUCGAUCAAUUCAACUCAAUUUUGGUUAAAAUCAAAGGCGAUUUUAUAAAUAAAAGUAGACUAAGCAAGUUUGAAGAAAUUUAG